AUGUCUGUAGGCCGCGUGCGCUCAGAAGCUGGGGAGCCCAGUGGAAGUAGCUGCCUACGCUUUGCCAGCAAGCGAGUCCUGGAAUACCUCUCCGUCUUAGCGCAGCUGGUGACCUCGCACUUGGGCCCGGUUCUGGCGGUGUCCGCGGGAGAACGCCACACCUGUGUGCUGAAAACAGACGGGCAGCUUGUAUGUUUUGGCCGCAAUGUGGAAGGUCAGUGCGAUGUGCCAUCAGACCUAGGGCCGAUUUUGGCCGUGUCCGCGGGCUAUCACCACACCUGCGUCAUAAAGACGACCGGACAGCUUCGUUGUUUUGGGAGCAACAUCCAGUACGUGCAGAACAUCAAGCCUGGGCAAGUUGUGAAUGUGCAGAAGGGCAACCUCGGCCUGUGUGAUGUGCCAGCACACCUGGGACCGACUCUUGCAGUUGCGGCCAACUUCGCACACACAUGUGCAGUAGGCGCGGAUGGAGGACUUGUGUGCUUCGGACAUCCCAACGAAGGCAAGUGUGACGUGCCCGAGGAUGUAGGGCCGGUUAUUGCUGUGGCUGCAGGUGCUCACCACAGCUGCGCGGUGAAAUUCGAUGGACAGCUUCUCUGCUUCGGGCGCGGAAACGAGGGCCAGUGCCGAGUUCCGGUGGAUUUGGGACCUGUGCUGGCAGUUUCGGCUGGCGAGGCAGUGAAGUCAGACGGGCAGUUGGUGUGCUUUGGAGGCAAGAGCCACGGCCAGUGCAAUGUGCCAGCAGACUUGGGCCCAGUCUUGGCAGUGUCGGCAGGAGAUCACCACACCUGCGCGGUGAAAACCGACAAGACUUUGGUAUGCUUUGGGUCAAACAAGGAUGGCCAGUGCAAUGUUCCUCUGGGCCUGGGCCCAGUGGAGAUCUCGUCUGCUUUGGACGAAACGCAGAGGGCCAGUGUGACGUGCCUGAUCUGUGAGGUGCAGCCCCUGACCCCUGGCGCCGAGAAUCGGCCCCUGUGUUCCGCUCCCCGGAUCAACAGGAUCAAAGUGGUCGUUUGCCGGCAGUGA